AUGAAUCUUUGUGCAUGUACCAAAGACGGAUGGACAUGGAGAGGCGAAUCCGGGAAAGGUUUUACAGCUAAGUCCGUGUAUGAAGUUCUUAAAGAGCGAGCAAAGGAGACAACAGAGGUGGUGGAGGAAACAGAUAUUAGCGCCAAGGUGUGGAAGAUACCAAUCCCAAACAAAGUCAAGCUUACGGUGUGGAGAAUAUUGAAGAACAGAAUUCCGACGUGCGAUAAUCUCUUGAGAAGAAACGUAAUGUUGAGUGAAGUCGAAGUGGGAUGCAACGCCUGCUUUUAUCGUCAAGAAUCCAUGAAGCACGUGCUGCUCCAUUGCCCAAAGACCUCAAAGAUCUGGGAAGCAAUUUAUCAAUGGCUUGGAGUUUGUGUGGUGCAGCCACAUGAUGUUCCUUCGCAUUUUCGGUUCUUUACAGGUUUGAGCAGCAGGAAGAGUAACAGGAAGUUUUUAAUGGCUCUUUGGUGUUGUACAACCUGGCUUAUUUGGAAAAUGCGUAAUGAGAGCAGGUUUGACAACAAAAGGUGGGAGAUUGCUAGUUUGUUAGGAGAGAUUAAAGCUAGAGUGUGGAGUUGGGGUAAAAUUUUUGGUUUUGUCAAUGAUGGGGUUGGGAUGCAUAGAUGGAUGUCGAGUGAUGAAUCCCCGCUGACUCUGUAA